AUAAAUUGUGGGCCAUCUCAUUUUUGGGUAUCUACCAACAGAAUUGAAAUCCAAAAGGAUUCUCCCUUAUCUUCUCCAUUUCUUUAUUCAAAUCCAUUGCAGAUGAGCUCCCCACUUCAAAGAUGGUCUCUCAACGGCUUCACCGCCCUCGUCACCGGCGGAACCCGAGGCAUUGGGUACGCCAUAGUUGAAGAACUGGCUUCACUUGGGGCGGCCGUACACACCUGUUCCCGUAACCAAACAGAGCUCGACGAAAGGCUAAAAGAAUGGGAACAAAAAGGCUUCAAAGUCACUGCCUCUGUUUGUGAUCUCACUUCAAAAUCUCAGCGUCAGCACCUCAUUGACACUGUUUCUUCCAUCUUCGAUGGAAAACUCAACAUCCUCGUCAACAACGCCGGGACGGUAACAUUGAAACCAGCAACAGAGCACACAAGCGAGGAUUACAAUUACAUGAUGAGCACAAAUUUUGAGGCUUCUUAUCAUCUCUCCCAAAUUUCGCAUCCAAUUUUGAAGGCAUCUGGCUAUGGAAGUAUUGUGUUUGUGUCGUCCAUUGCAGGAGUCACUGCUUUGCCAAGAAUUUCAAUCUAUGCGGCAUCCAAAGCGGCAAUUAACCAACUCACUAAAAACUUGGCGUGUGAAUGGGCAAAGGAUAACAUUCGUGUCAACACAGUGGCACCGUGGGGGGUUAGGACAACAAUUUCUAAACCGGAUGCGGCGGUUGUGGAAGAAUAUGGGCGGCUGAUCGGGCGGACGCCGGCGGGGCGGAUCGGAGAGCCGGAGGAGAUAUCUUCGGUGGUGGCAUUUUUGUGCCUUCCUGCGGCUUCUUACGUGACUGGACAGAUCAUUUGUGUGGAUGGCGGCUACACGGCCGGUGGUUGGUAGGCAAAUCAAAUAACAAAAAUAAUUGGGAAAUUAAUGAAAUUACAGUUUAAUCCUCUAUGUUUCGAUAUUUAUCUUCCUACCAAAGAGGCUAAAAGUUGUAAUUCUCCUUACUCAAAAAAAGAAAAAAAAAAAUUGUAAUUCUCCUAUUCCAUGUGUUAUUUACUUUUUUCUAAAAGAAAAAGAAAAAUUGGAAGUUGUGUAUGUGCAUUUAUUCAAUUUUGUCU